AUGUCAGUCGGAAAAAGCAGGAGAGAGAUGUGACCUACACGGCUGCGCCUCCAUGAAUGCGCACAGGGAGGGUUGGAUGAUGUCGGAGAAGCUUCAUCUAAGUCUUUUUUUCUAAACUCGAGAGUGUCGGUGGUCAGAUGGAGCAGUGGAGAAUAUUCCAGUGAAGAUAAACACGCGGAGCAGUGAUCAUGAUGGGAUUGGACUAAGACAUCCCCCUCCAGUGCACUCACCUCUGAGUGGCCAGUGUGUCCCAGCAGCAGCAGCAGCAGCAGCUUGAUCCCAGUAGCUCUCAGUCGGUCUUCCUGUUGGUGAAGUGCUUUCAUUGACAUCUUAACCAGCGUCAGGGGCUGUGCUCCCAUCAGCUUUCACUGCCCCGACCCUCUCCACAUACAGGGUCAUCAUGGGGGAGAUAGUCCAGAUGCAAUUCAGUACGGUGGACUAUGUCAUCUUUGCCUUGCUGCUGGUGGCCUCAGCUGGCAUCGGCCUCUUUUAUGCCUUCUCCGGUGGACGCCAACGCACAACACAGGAGUUCCUGAUGGCCGACCGCUCCAUGAGCUGCCUCCCUGUGUCGCUGUCCCUGCUUGCCACCUUCCAGUCAGCGGUGGCCAUCCUGGGGGCUCCGUCUGAGGUGUACACCUUUGGAACUCAGUACUGGUUCCUGGGCUGCUCCUACUUUUUGGGCCUGCUCAUCCCAGCUCACAUUUUUAUACCAAUCUUCUACAGGCUGCGGCUGUCCAGUGCCUAUGAGUAUCUGGAGCUGCGCUUUAACAAGACGGUUCGCAUAUGUGGGACUGUGACGUUCAUCUUCCAGAUGGUCAUUUAUAUGGGAGUGGUCCUAUAUGCUCCAGCCUUGGCCCUUAAUGUAGUGACAGGCUUUGACCUUUGGGGGGCAGUGCUUGCCAUGGGAUUGGUGUGCACUUUGUACACAGCUCUGGGGGGUCUGAAGGCGGUGAUGUGGACUGAUGUGUUCCAGACCGUGGUGAUGUUUGUGGGACAGCUGGCAGUGAUUAUAGUUGGGGCCAGUCAGGCAGGGGGCAUUGGAGAGGUCUGGAGGAAAGCAACCAAUGGCAGCCGCAUUUCUGGACUAGACCUGAACCCAGACCCUCUAGAGCGUCACACCUUCUGGACUCUGGGUGUGGGGGGAGUCUUCCUGAUGCUCGCUCUGUACGGGGUCAACCAGGCCCAGGUCCAGAGAUACCUCAGCGCACGCUCAGAGAAAGAAGCAGUCAUGUCCUGCUAUGUCGUCUUCCCAUGCCAGCAGAUCGUCCUGUGUUUAGGUUGUCUGAUGGGUCUGGUCAUGUUUGCUCGCUAUGGAGAGGACAGCCCUCUGGACAAGGGCUACGUCAAAACGAAUGAUCAGAUGGUGCUUUACUUUGUGAUGGAUGUAUUCAGGGAUCUGCCCGGGCUCCCAGGCCUGUUUGUAGCCUGUCUCUUCAGUGGUGCUCUCAGCACUAUCUCAUCAGCCUUCAAUUCCCUGGCUACAGUAACUAUGGAGGACCUGAUUAAACCUUAUUUUCCAAACAUGACUGAAGCCAAAGCCACACUGCUGUCUAAAGGACUUGCCUUGGCCUAUGGCCUGGUGUGCUUGGCUAUGGCCUACAUCGCCUCCUUAAUGGGAUCUGUGCUGCAGGCAGCCUUCAGUAUCUUCGGGAUGGUGGGUGGUCCCCUGCUCGGCCUCUUCUGUCUAGGAAUUUUCUUCCCCUGGGCAAACUCGAUUGGUGCAUUGGUCGGUUUGUUUACGGGCCUCGCCAUGGCCUUCUGGAUCGGCAUUGGCAGUUUUGUGAUGCGUAUGUCAGCUUCCACCUCAGCACCCCUUCUCAACACCACUGCUCUGCCCCUGUUUGGCAACAUGACCACCGCUGUCAUGACCACACUGGUUAGCACGGCCAAGCCAAGGCCGACAGGUGUGGAGGCGCUCUACUCAUUGUCCUACAUGUGGUACAGUGCUCACAACUCAACCACUGUGGUGGUGGUCGGACUAAUAGUCAGCUUUUUAACAGGACCCAUGAAGGAGAAGGAGCUGACCCCCGGCACAGUGUUUCCAGUCCUGGGCACGCUGCUCUUCUUUCUGCCUGAGCGCUACAGAGAAAAGCUCUGCUGUGUCACUCCUCUGACUCCGAAGCCCAAAGAAAUCAGCACGCAACCUUAUCUCAUGGCCAAGAAAGACAGCAACGGAGCGGCGCACUGCAAAGACGACUCGGUCGCAGAGGACAAAGAGACGGAAGGCGACAGAACACAGACACAGGACGGAGACCUGGGAAUUAAGAUCGCUCUGUCCUCGAGCCCUCCGACGACCCAGACAGUUCAGGAGACGUCCUUGUGAUCAUUUUCUCAUUUCUUAAUAACACACACACUCAUACACCCUUUGAAUGACAGUGGUUGAGCCAGUUUCUUUGAGGGAGAUGCAGCUAAAGACAGAUCAUAGAUGUGGAGUCUAAUCUGAAGGUGUUUGGCUGUUGGUGUUUUACACUGACAGAAUCAGUAGAAAGAUAUAAUAGAAAGGGCUUCUGGACUUCAGUAUCUGUGUAGAUGUGGGUUUUUUUUUACCUACCCUUUCCCAAUUACUAAAAACUGGAAGCUAACUUUUGCCAAGCCGGAACAGAGCGUACGCACAAAAGACAGCGAUCCAUAAAGGAACUAGUCUGCUGGUGUCUGUUUCCGACUCCGAUGCUUCAGGGUCUGUCCAGAUGUGUGCAGAUGCUCUGUGUGCAGUUUGAAGUUAGGAAACUGGGCAGCUCCUUUGCACAAUGAGCUGUUCCACUGUGGCUGGAUCCUGUCAUUACGUUUGACAAAAGAAAAAUUAUAAUUCAGGUAGAUGUAAAUGUGUUAUUUUUGUAGAGAGAGAAGGUGGAACCAUAGAAUCCCAGAAUAUGUAUCAGAGAAUAUAAUAUGAAAAGAAAAUAAUGUCUAGAGAGACUGAACUCCACUUGAAGGCAUGACACGCCUGUGCUACUGUGAUAGGGUAGUGUCUUUACAUGACCUUGGUUUAAUACUAAUAGUCGCCCUCUAGCUGCUAUUAUACGUCUCGUGACAAAUUUUAUUAUAAUUAAUCAUCACUGGCUGAGGUGUUGGACCUAUAAAAUGCAGCAUAUUGCAUAAACCACUACUGUAAAUGUAGUGUCCAUGUUCAGUUGUUGGAACUCUUGAGCAAAAUAUUUAAAAGAUGUUCCGACCCCUUGACUUUUAACAUACAUGUUUACGUUGUAGCUUUAUGCUGAAAUAAAAAAAAAGUUCCUUGCCAAUCAUUACUCAUUUUUCCAGAAUGAUAAACUGAAACUGAAUUUUAGAAUUAGUUUUCUUAAUUUAAAAGGAAAAACUGAAAUAUAAUAUAUAUAUAUAUAUAAGUACUCAGACACAUCUCAGGUUCCUCCCCUUUCUCUUUAUCGUCUUUGAGAUGUUUCUACACCUUGACUGAGUUCAUUUAGUAGACGUGAGUAGUGUAUGUAAUGUCUCACAGCUGAGGAUGUAAAUAAGUGUACAAACCGAGCUAUCAGGUGGAAGGAGCUGCCCGUAGAGCUCAGAGACAGGAUUGUGUCUUGGGGAGGGCUGCAACAAAACUAGUGCUUCACUGAAGUUCUCAAAGAGCCACAGUGGCCUCCAUAACUCUUAGAAGAAAGAAGUUUGGAACUACUCUGACUCUUCCUAGAAUUGUCAGGCCAAACAGAGCAGUCAUGGGGAGGAGAGACUUGGUAAGAGAAGUGAUUGGAUACUAAAUGUACAUUGAUGUGAGACAAUAGUUUUUAUUUUAGCAUAAAACUGCAACAUAACAAAAUGUGAAAAGUGAAGGGGUCUGUAACCUUAAGAAUUCACUGUAACUUUUAAAACUGUAUCCUUUUACCUGAGACACGUGUGUUAAAAGAAACGGUUUGAGGAGUAGAGUGAAUCUGUUGAUCAGGGGAGUUUGUUUUUUAAUGGACACUUCACAGAACAAUGUGCUGCUUAAAAUACACAGUUCUGUAGUUUUCCAUUGUGUUCUAAUCAGUGUUGUGUUGCUCAAACACAACCCCAUGAAAUGAAGUUCCUCACUGACCUGGUGUCAGCGCUCCAUACCUUUUUAUUAGGUAUCUUUGGUUUCCCUUCGAUUUAAAACUGUACAGCACUAGUUAUUCAGUGACAUCUAUAAACAUCACUGUUCAUCCCCACAGUUUCCGUGGGUUUGCAGCCGCUCACAUCCGAUGUGACUGCCCUGGAUAAAGCACAGCUCUGCUCAGAAUGCCACACAGAAGCCGUCUGGUCCUUCAGAUGGACCUACCAUCAGGCAUCUCCUCCAUGUAUUUGCCUCUGAAGAUGGUUCAGUCUUCUCUGAUUGUUUUGUAUUGUGAACAUUAUAAAGUGCAUCUUUUUUUCUUAAAUUUGAGGUCGUCAGUGCCAUGUUGCGUAAUAGUGUGUGGCUUGGACUGUUUUUAACACGGUCAAGCUCGUCAUCGUAAUCGUCUGAAUUUUUUGGAAUCACAGAAUUCUUGAACAUCACCACUUCACCAUUUUAAGUCAUUCAUUGCCACUGUGAUGUGUUGUGUGUGCACGUGAGUUCAAUGUUUUCAGUCUGUAUGGUCUAUGCUCUUUGACAGUGGACUCCAUGUCAAGAGCCUGUGGUGAUGUGAUACAAUGUGUCUGUUUUCUGCAGGUUAUGGUGAGUACCUGUCUCGGUCGCCUUACACCUUCCUCCUUAAAGCAACACUAUGUAACGGUUACCGAGCAGCAGCGCCCUCUGCUGCCACACGUGGUGAUUAUUCUGUUGGGCUCCGUGUCUGAGCGAUUAAGUGCUUUUCAUGUAUAGUAAAAAGGUGCCCCCCCAAUGGGCGUCUUGCAAGAACUGAAAACAUUUAAUAUUAGGUAGUGAGAACCAGUGAUUUAGGAGAACUUGCUGCUUUUACGUUUUUUUUUCCUGGUACGAACAGAAUUGACGAGUUGUCCAGACUUAUUUCAUUAGUUCGAAACAAUUACAUUCACAUAAUAUACAAAUUAGCCCUCGUAAUUAUGUUGACAUUUACGGUUUAACUCUGCAAUACGAUUCUAAACCGCUCUGCUUUAGUCGGUCUCUGAUGCUGCUAAAAAGUCCAGACUUUUCUCUCUGAAAUCAAGACUUCGUUUUUUUUACUUUGAUGUCAUUUUCAUGACUGAACACUGCUGACAUGGGGCAGGAUGGUAUGUGUUGUAUGGUGUAAUUAGGGCAUCAAGUAUGCUAACUUGCUAUCCUUGUGCCUGCUCGGUCAAAUACGACAUUUAUCAUGUUUCCACACCUGAUUAACACACGAUGCUGUAAGAGCAAGUGUUUCUUGACUCUGACGUGUUAUGUUCGUACAAACUGACCAUACGAAGAGAUGUAGGAGAAAUUCAGGACAAGAAUAGAAGCAUGUUCUUGCAUGAGGCCCAAUGUGUUGACCGAGAUCUGCGUAAUGCUAUUGGCUGAACCUAAUCACAACUGAGCGGUGGAUAUUACCCACGAUCCCCGGCUUCCUUAACCAGAAGAGCUGCUGCUGUAACAAAUCCACCAAACUCUGUUUAGAAAAUCCUAAAUAUUUGAGGUUUUCUUGCUGAAUAUAUAUAUGAAUAUUUAUAUGAUAAACGCUUUAACGUUUGAAUGACUUCUUAGUCUUUUGCACUGGUCUACAGUUCUGCAUUAUUUUGAACUUGUUGGACCUGAUUCUGACAAUUUAUCUUUAUUUUAUUUAAUUUAUUAAAUAUUGGUCAGUUCCACACUUUUCACAGGAGAUUGUAUCCGCUCACACAUCCGCAGAUGUUCAGAGUGAAGAGUGGACAUGAAAGGAAACAUUUUCCCUUUUCAAAGUCACUGAACCAUCAAACUCAUUUUGAUACUUUUAAGGUAAAACAAGUUGCAUAGUGUUGCUUUAACUUCUCAGUUACAGUUGUAUUCUAAGUACUCACCAGACAAUCAAAGUCACACAGUUCAGCAGCAGAAUUUUGAAUCUGCUUAGUUAAUGUCAUUGCUCUGAAAAGGAUUAUGGACCUUGGGGACCUCUGAUCCCUCUGCUUGAAUGUUGAGCCCUUUAAAACCGGCCUAUUACACAACCAACAUGUUUGUACCAUCACCCUGACAUUUAGAAAUACCUCAAUUUAUCCCAAAGCAUAUAGAAUAUGAAUCUUCUUUCAUGUUUUAUACUUUUUUUUUUUAUUUUACCAACAGAUGUAUUUGAGAUCUCAUUUGUAUAUUUUUGUAAUUUCACGUAAAAGCCUGCGAACAUUUCAUGAAAUGUGAAAUUCUAUAUGCAAGAACCAUGAAAUGUUUUAAUUUUGUCAGUGAAUGUCAGACAGAAUGGGGGAAUGUGACAGUCCACAUGAAGAUCUCCACGAACUGGAGCAUCGCACAUGUUAUUAGCGUUACUUCAGAGCACUAGCAUCUUCUGCCUUAGACAGCAUUUCAUUGUUCCUCCCCAAAUUCUAACUGUCCUAUUCAGGCAUUUUUCAAAACAUUUAAUGGUUCCAAGAGAUUUUUUUUUACCUACUUUUAAAUUCCAUGUGCCUGCGUGUACUUUAUUUAUGAUUGCAUUUUGUGGAAUCCUCCUUCAUACCUGAAAUUACUUGAAGUGUGAGUCUGAGAUGUUAAUGAUACACAAUUAAAGCCCUUCUUUAAAAUUAGGGAACAUAAUUCAAGUGCUGUCAUUAAUUAUAAUAAUAAUAAUGUCCUUUCUAAACUCUGACUGCUAACGCACCUAAUAAAGCACAAUGAGGUCAGUGCUCGGUAGCCAUGCUACUGGAGAAGAACCUGACUGAAGCCAUCAGUUGGUGUAAAGCAAUUCAGAUACGUCUUCAUGAUGAUGUGUAGCUUUUAGACUUUCUGCAAGAACCUGAAUAUUUUAUCAUUUGUGGCCUUUUUUACUGGAACGCACAAUAAUACAGCUGAGAAUAUGGUUUGUGAAAGAGGAGCAGGGACACUUAGUAAUUUCCAGCAACAAUAAAUAUUGUUUUGAACAAUAUUUAUUAUAUUUGUUGUCCCACCCACCAAGAAUUCUUCCUGCAAUGCAUUCCAAAAAAACCAAAACACAACCCCAGAAGCACUGGAGUCACCAUAUGGUUCCUCUGCUUUGGUCUGUGCCUUCAUUAUUAUUAUUUUUAUAAUUUUUUUAAGUAUCCUGUGAAGUUUUCAUCCACAGCCCAGGUCUGAACCAUGAGACGUCUGUCCCAGAGUGGAACAAACCUGGAUGACUGAAUGAAUAAAUAAAUUGUACACAUGUAAUAAUUUAUUUCUGCAAUAAUGCAUAACACUGUUUUACUCUCUCUAAUGACAAAGGAGAAUCCUGAGCUACAAUGGUGUGGUAAUGGUCCUGUGGGUAGGAAACGUAGGUGAUUAAAACAAAUAACCAGCAUUUAGUGAGAAAGUCUUUUAUCCAUCAUUCAACAUGUGUCUGCUACAAAUGAGCUACUGGUAUUUAGCAGCAGAAGAAGAAGCACAUGAACAUAUUUAUCUUCUAAUAUGAUGAGAGCAAUAACUGGAGUUAUUGCAAAAUAUAAAAAAAAACCAUCAACUAAUCGUUCUUCAGUCAUUUCUGUUGGAUUUAAAUUAUAUUGUUAAAUGUACGAGCACUUCUGAGACGCCCCUUUAACUGUUUCCCUGUCGUUUGGAUGUAUGAAAAUCUGAUUUAUAAGUCGUACCUGAAAUGAGAUGUUAUUAAAAAAUUCUAUCAUUCGUUCA